UCUACCUUUGACUCAACGCUAAACAGUUGAUACGAUUUACAUCUAGUUAGUCAUUCUAUUGUGGGUCGCUUUCUAAUUUGUUCCGUCCAGUGAUUUCUGUCCUGGCUGCCAUGUGAAAACUGUUCAUCGACGUAAUAGAGACUGUAGCCUUCUCACUUUGCCGUCCCUUUAUUGGUUUUAAGUCUUCUCAGAGAUGCUGAGCCAAAGCACAUGCAUUGAGAUUGAGAAGGACUUCCAAGCACCAGAUUAAAAAGCUGCAACCACCUCCCUGUCUUCAUCUACCUCUGCCUUCAAACAUCCAAAGUCCAGUCUCAAAAGAGUAUGGCGUUUUUAAUUAAAAAGAAGAAGUUCAGGUUUCAGAUACACUUCACCCUGGAGGAGCUCACGGCUGUGCCGUUUGUGAAUGGGAUGCUCUUCUGCAAAAUCAGACUGUUGGAUGGUGGAGACUUUUCCAAUUCUUCAUCCAGGCAGGAGGUUCAGGAGAACUGUGUUCGCUGGCGAAAGAAGUUCUCUUUUGUGUGUAAGAUGAGUGCCAGUCCUGCCACUGGGGUCUUGGACCCCUGCAUCUGCCGAGUGUCUGUGCGUAAGGAACUUAAAGGUGGAAAGGCUUUUUCAAAGCUGGGCUUUGCUGACCUCAACUUGGCGGAGUUUGCUGGUUCAGGCUCCACUGUUCGCUGCUGUAUACUAGAGGGCUACGACACCAAGAACACUCGGCAGGACAACUCCAUACUCAAGGUCACUAUUGGUAUGACACUUCUCUCUGGAGAUCCCUGCUUUAAAAUGCCUGUGAGCACAGCUAAGACCAUUGCCAUGGCUGGGCAGGACCCCUCUCUGCAGCUGGACCGCAAGGGAGAGGGCACCGCUGACCACUCUGCACCGCCCCACGGUGGCAGCACUCGCCGAUCAGUCAAGAGCAGACCCUGUGUGAACAACUCUGGAGGACUUCAGGAGGGAUUGGAGGAGAACCUGUCCAGUCCAGAUGAAGUGUUUCACACGGGACACUCUCGCAACUCCAGCUUUGCCAGCCAACAGAGCAAAAUCUCAGGUGGGACUCAGGGCACGAUCAAAAGAGCAUCAGGCUACAGUACAGAGCACUCUCACUCCUCCAGCCUGACAGAUCUGUCCCAGCACCGGCGGAACACCUCCACCAGCAGCAGCAACACGUCAGGAGGGACGUCUACGACUAUUGAGAGCCCCGUAGAGCCAGAGAAAGAGCUUGUAAAACCAGAGAGACCCCCACGUCCUCCACGACCUGCUCUGCCCCCAAACAGACCCUCAAGGAGAAAGAAGGACUCUGUGGAGAACCAUCCCACAUGGGUGGACGACACGCGCAUUGAUGCAGAUGAUAUUGUGGAGAAGAUUGUGCAGAGUCAGAACUUUGCGGAUUUUAGCAACAAUGAAGACAGCAAUUUAACACUGUUCGUCAGUAGGGAUGGUACCACAGCAUUAAGUGGCAUCCAGCUUGUCAACAGGGUGUCUGCGGGUGUUUUUGAACCGGUGGUGAUUGAGAGCCAUUAGAUCUCCGAGGCCACAGCAGUCACUCUCUCACACAGCCAAUUUUUAUUUUGAAAUGAUGGCGAGAGCAAGACAGAGACUGGAUGUGAGAGUGGGCACCUGACGUCACAACUUGCUCCUCUUAUGGGUCUGACAUAUUACUCGCCUAUUACAACUGUAACACCCUAAUCAUGCAUUACAUUUGCUGAAAAAACAGUGGUGGGGAUGUUCAUUGUUCUAUGAUUAAGAAUGAAUUAAUCAUAAAUAUUUUACAGCGGAUUCUGAGAAUACAAACUACUUGAAAUGCCUUAAGAAAUGAGGCAAGAUGGGAGCUUCAGUCUAACACUGUGAAAUAUGAGGGCAGUCCAAGUGUUUUCGAAAGAAAAUUCAGUUCAAUGUUAUAUUAAAAUUUUAGCAGCUUUUCAGAUAUUAUUUAAUGUUUUGAGGUGGGAUGAUUUAAUGUCUUAUAUUUCUUUAUGAUUCAUUUCACACCCCUAUUAUAUACAGUACAAACCACUGAAAUCCACCUGCCCUUGGGUACAUUCUAAUAAUUCAGUUUAGUCAGUAACCAGCCCAUUAGCCUGUGAUAAACAUGGAAUAAUAUGCAUGAAAUAAUGUAUGGCUGGCCAUACAAAUAUGUCUGAGAAAGAAAACAGUUAAGCCAUUCCCCCAUAUAACCACUUUCAGUAUAUGAGCACUUGUGCUUGUUUCUCAGAGGUGGGCAAUAGU